UGAGUUCUAGAACCCAGGGGAGUCUCAAAGUUUGUCUGGAGCAGUCGUGGGAAGUGGGCUUAUUGCGAAAGGAUUUUCUUGGGAUGCGAGCCGGUUUCUUACCUUCCUUUCGGAUGCCCAGCCGGGUUUAACCGCUGCAGCCCCGGGUCAGAGCCCAGCACGGCUUGUCCCCACGCCCUUCCCCCGGGAUUCUCUGAUCUGCGAGGACUCGCGUCGGGGAACCCUCUGCGGGUCUCUGUCGGGGUCCUGGCCAAGUGCACAGCCCUUCGCACGCUCGUACACGCACACACCGAGGGAGGCGGCUCAGAGGGGCCCCCUCCUUCCUCAGCAUCCUCGGCCCAGCGCGGCGCCCACCACCAUGGAGGUGCUGGAGAGCGGGGAGCAGAGCGUCCUGCAGUGGGACCGCAAGCUGAGCGAGCUGUCAGAGCCCGGGGACACCGAGGCCCUCAUGUACCACACGCAUUUCUCAGAACUUCUGGAUGAGUUUUCCCAGAAUGUCUUGGGACAGCUCCUGAAUGAUCCUUUCCUCUCAGAGAAGAAUGUGUCCAUGGAGGUGGAACCAUCCCCAACAUCACCAGCGCCUCUCAUCCAGGCUGAACACAGCUACUCCCUGUGUGAGGAGCCUCGGGACCAGUCACCAUUCACCCAUGUGGCUACCGGCGACAGCUUCAAUGAUGAGGAGGUGGAAAGUGAGAAAUGGUAUCUGUCUGCGGACUUUCCUCCAGCCACCAUCAAGACAGAGCCGAUUACAGAGGAGCCACCCCCAGGACUUGUUCCUUCUGUCACUCUGACCAUCACUGCCAUUUCCACUCCUUUUGAAAAAGAAGAAGCCCCUGUGGAUGUGAAUGCUGGGGUGGAUUCCUCAUGCCAGACAAGUAUUCCUAAGAUCAAGCUGGAGCCUCAUGAAGUGGAUCAGUUUCUAAACUUCUCUCCUAAAGAAGCCUCCAUGGACCACCUGCACCUACCGCCAACCCCUCCCAGCAGUCACAGCAGUGACUCAGAGGGCAGCCUGAGCCCCAACCCGCGCCUGCAUCCCUUCAGUCUGUCUCAGGCCCACAGUCCCGCCAGAGCCAUGCCCCGGGCCCCCUCAGCCCUGUCCACAUCUCCUCUCCUCACGGCUCCACAUAAGCUGCAGGGAUCUGGCCCACUGGUCCUGACAGAGGAGGAGAAGAGGACUCUGAUUGCUGAGGGCUAUCCUAUCCCCACCAAACUGCCCCUCACGAAAUCUGAGGAAAAGGCCCUGAAGAAAAUACGAAGGAAAAUCAAGAACAAGAUUUCUGCCCAGGAAAGCAGGAGAAAGAAGAAGGAAUACAUGGACAGCUUGGAGAAAAAAGUGGAGUCUUGCUCAACUGAGAACUUGGAACUUCGGAAGAAGGUAGAGGUGCUGGAGAACACCAACAGGACUCUGCUUCAGCAACUCCAGAAACUUCAGACUUUGGUCAUGGGAAAGGUUUCUCGAACCUGCAAGUUAGCCGGCACACAGACGGGCACCUGCCUCAUGGUCGUUGUGCUGUGCUUUGCUGUCGCAUUUGGCAGCUUCUUUCAGGGCUAUGGGCCUUAUCCUUCUGCCACCAAGAUGGCCCUGCCCAGCCAACAUUCCCUGUCAGAGUCAUACACAGCCUCCGUGGUGAGAUCCAGGAACCUGCUCAUCUAUGAGGAACAUUCUCCCCUGGAGGAGUCGUCUAGUCCAGCCUCAGCUGCAGAGCUUGGAGGCUGGGACAGAGGCUCCUCACUGCUCAGGGCAUCAGGGCUAGAGCCCCUGCCGGAAGUGGAUCUUCCUCAUUUCAUUAUCUCCAAUGAGACCAACUUGGAGAAGUCAGUGCUGUUUGAGCUACAGCAGCAUCUGGUCAACAGCAAACUGGAAGGGAAUGAAACACUCAAAGUUGUAGAACUCGACAGAAGAGUGAACACCACCUUCUAAUGAGGCCGUCUCCACCCCCUCUUCCCCUCACUGUACCCAUGUGUCCCCAAACCGCCUUGCUCAUGAGCUUUCCUCUUCACCACUGGAUCUUGAGGAGGACAUGGAUGAGUGUUAGUGGCUUGAGAUGGGAGGUCAGCCUGGGGGAUUGUGUCUGUAUGUCCCUGCGGCUCCAUACAGUGGGGAGCCAGCACCUCUCCCUCCCUUUCUCUGACCUGCCGUAGGAAAUUCUUUUAGGGAGGUAGGGGUGAGACAAGCAGGCUUGUUUCUACCCAUAGUACCAAGAAGAUAUGCCUGAUUCUCCCCUGUGAGUUGUUGUGACCCCUCCUUGAAGAAGACAUGACUCAUGUUCAGUUGAGAGCCCAGACUCUAACCAUGAACGUGCUGGGCUGUGUACUGAUUCCUGACCUCUCUUGCUCAUGCUGGGGCUCCAGUGUGAGCUCCACCAACUCCAGAAGUGCCAGGACAUCGUUCCGUCUCUAUCCUCCAUACUGCUGCCUGGAGCCCUUGUUGGACAAUGGCAUGGGCAGGCAGGGCUCCCACUGUAUUCUCAGGCCGCAAGUGCAAUUCCUGAAGACAUCAGGCUCUUCUCUUCCAGUCCAGCCAUUGUAUUGCUUAUAGGACCUCCCCAACCUACCACCCCCAACUCCCAGGACUGUAGUUCUGUCUCCCUGGCCUUCCCCUCCCUCUUUGUAAAUAGUAUUUAUUAGCUUGCUGAGGCUCCUGGCUGACCACAGUGUAGAAAUCCUAUGCCCUUUCCCAGCUGGCAAAAUCUUCUGGUGGCCUUUGGCACAGGAGGGACCCCAGGAUCUGGGGUCCCUAGUCUUCAUAGCUGAUGCUUUAUUUUCUUCUCUUUUCUCCUUAAUAUUGGACACCUAUAAAAUAAUUGCUGUUGGGAAAUCUCCUUAGGCAUGUAUCCCCUGUUGGAUGAAUACAGAGGGAGAAAGAGCAGUGCCUUGUUCAGGCUCCAGGCUCCAUGGCCCCUUGCCUUUUCUCUCCGUCCCUGUGACAGACAAGUGAAGCCCUAUGCCUGACUGUAGGCACUGCUGACAGCCUUGCUAGCUUGUCCUGCGCACCUGCCGACCCCCCUCCCUCCCCUCCCUCCUUUUCCUCUGUCCUCCCUCCACUUGCCUCAGCUCAGGAGGCUGGAGGUGGUGACGUUUGUGCGUCAUACAGUCUUACCUUUGACAGUCAGGUUUGGCUAUUUUGCAGCUCACCCAAAGAGAUACAACUAACCCCCAACCUACUUUUAUUUUUUUUUAAUGAUUAAAAAGUAAAUUUUGUAGUUAAAACCUUUCUUCUUUCAUACAAAUAAGAAAUGGAAAUUACCCUUUUAUUGUAUAAGAUAGAAGAUUUUUUUAAGUGUUUUUUUUUUCCCCUAGCUUGUAAAAGACUUUAUGUAAGAAAUGUGCUUACAUGUUGUAUUUUAUUUUUAGCAGAAGCUGAAGGGCUUUCAGCUUUGGCUUCUCUCUUUCUCUCUCUCUCUCUCUCUCUCUUUCUCUCUCUUUACAUAUAUACAUACAUACAUACAUACAUACAUAUAUAUCAUCAUCUUCAUCAUCAUUAUCAUCACUGGGAUCACUAGAGCUUGUGUAAGAGGACAACCCUGUCUGCAGGGCUGUCACUGUCCCUUUCUGAGUAGGUUCAGAUGUCUGGGCUAUACAAGGGAAGUGACUAGUAACUCUUCUUGUCUGUGCUGUACUCUCUUACCCUGGUCUUCCUGGACCUGACUCAUUCUGUUCUUUAAAAUGCUGGUACUUGUGCAUAGGCAGCCUGGGUUACUCUAAGACAGCAACAAACAAACAAACAAAAAUCAGCAUGUAGAGGGACUUGUGUGAUGAUAAAGGAAGGGUCCUUGUUGAAGGGAAGAGGUGAGAAAUAUGCUGGUGUGUCCAUCUGCAGAACUGUCCAGCGGGGCUUAAGUGCCUGGAGAGAGCCAGGGUGCAUGAAGAGAAACAAGGCAAUGUCUAGUCUGGUCCUUGGUUCUCCAAGGACUUUAUUUUCUUCUUUACCUACUCCUGUUGGAUGUCACUCUCUCCAGACAGCAGGGCCUUGUUUCCUCUGGGAAAUUAGCUUUCCAGAAUAGACUCUGUCACUAGAGACAUGGACAUUAGCCAGAGAACCCCAAAGGCCCUUUAAAGGAGCUUUCAGCAGCCAACAUUGCCACUGGAUUGAGGAAAACAUAUGCCCUCCACUCCUGACUUGGGUUAGUAGAGGGGACUAGACAGUGAGGCUUCGGGGGACACAGAGGAGUCAAGAUGACCCAGCAGAGCUGCGUAAGACAAGAUGAGUUCCAAGCAGUUAAUGGAUGUGUGCACACCUUCUGUUCAAGGUUUAAGGCUAGAAUAUUAGUGAAUUUGUUUUUCCCACCAACCACGUAGUCCGACAGACCAGUCAAAAAUUCAUAGUUAGCUCUGUAGGUUUCAAAUAAUGGCAGACAGUGGCACCUUGAACUUCAAUUUUGGAAAAUAUAAGACUGCUAGAAAAACUAGAAGCCAUAACAAUAAAUCUAAGUAUUCUAUUUUCUAUCCUGUAAACAGGUUUUCCCCUCUCACCUUUCUUUGAUUACUUUGGUGAGGGCAAUGCGUUGCAAAGUUUCAGAGAACAAGUCAUGUUUUUCUAGAUGAGACCUAGGUAACUCGGUUGCCCCCCUUCCCCUCCCCCUGGGGCUUUUGUAGCUCCUAACUUCACACUGGAAAAUGGAUCCUUUAACAAGGAGAGGCCUCCGUGCCAGCGUUGAGGCAGAGCCUCUGAAGUGUUAGGACUCUGGAGUCUAGCUCACAGAAAGAGAAUGUUCUAUAAAAGUCUGACAGCUGAACUCAGUUGUUCCUUCCUUGCAGGAGGUGGGGGUGGAAUUUGACAUCAGUGCAGGCAAAAUUAGAUAACCUUUCGGUUUGUAUAAAUGAAUUUUUGUUUGGAGACUUAAUAUGUGGACUGGGGAAGCAGCUUUGGGGGUCUCUAUGAACUAUAUAUGCCAUUUUAAUAAAUCCCCCUCUUCCCCUAUCACUUCAGUUCGAAUGCCCAAAAGUGGCUGUGAAUCUAUGUCCAUACACAGCAGGGGUGUUGAACUGAUGCUUCUUCAUUCCGAUGCAAAGUCGGUGUCCCUCCCACCCACAUGCUGGGAUGCAGGAGAAACA